UACCCACCUUCCUGUUAAUAUACACAGACCGACUGUUGCCGCCAUUGAAAUACCUACGAAGAACCAUUGGAAUGUGGGUCUCCUGUGUUUUUAUUUGUAAGUCAUAGGAAGUUACCAGGUCGAUCAAUGAGGAAGGAGAACUUGAGUUUGGUCUCCCAUACGGCGGAGGCCACGGUGUUCGUCGACACCAGCCUCGGCACCCACAUCGCCGUCACCAUCGACCCCAACGACACCGUUUCUGCACUCAAAAGGAAAAUAGAACAUGAACAUCUAUUGUGCUUUACUAGGGCGGGAAAAAUCGAAGUUGAAGCUCUAAAGGUAAAACGCAAAGGAUUCUUUUAUCACCUAUCAGAUUCCAUGGUUGUUAGAAAUGCUUUCAGGGUCAACAAUAACUGGUUUGUUUCUGCCGAUGCUAAAGAUGUUCCGGGGAAAAGAUUGUCCAAUUUUAAUGAUUCAAUGCCAUUGCUACUUGAGGGGAACAAGCGUGCAGAAGAGAAAGUUAAUAUUGCUGACCAGGCUGGUUCAGUUGAUUCUGCUAGAGAAACUUCAAAACAAUUGGAGAUAGGGUUCAAGAGUUCUGGUAUUGAUCAUUGUGCAACUUCAUCUGAUGAGACGGGGAAUCGGCUGGAACCUGAAAUACAGGAGGACCACAGCCUACGUAGCAAGGGGUACAGAGUUCCCAAAACACAAGAUUGCAGGGAAGAUGGCUCGAGGAAAGAAAUUGAUGUCCAAUGCGACGUCUCUUCAGAAAAAGCUCUGCCUGCUGAAAAGAAAAGACAACGCAAGACUAAGCAGAGAAAUGAAAAACCAGUUCAGUUAAAAGAAGACGGUGCUUCAGUUCUUGGAUUUGGUAAAGAACAGUCGCAGGCAGAUAUUAUACCACCUGAAAAUUCAUUAGGCAAUCAGAGUAGAGAUGUUCUAUGUGACGUGACUAUUGGAAAGAAAACUACUACCGCUAAAGAUGUUUCACAUGAUAUGGCAGCUGGAAACAAAAACACUACAGAAGAACCUUGCAGGAGUUCGGCUUCUAGUAUGGAUAACAGGUCACAUUCUGGAAUUCAUAUGACAAAUGAUGCGUACAAGGGCACUGAAGUUCUUGGAAAACACAUCGGGAGCAGGGAGACUACAUCUAAGCAUGGCAGUCUUGUGGUCUCCAAUAUAGCAGUGGAAGAUGCUUCACAAUCUCAGCCUGCUGCAAAGAAAAAGCGGAAGUUUGAAAACAUAUCUGGUCUUGAGGAUUCACUGAAAGAAAAUGAUAACGUGACUUCCAAGUCAGCAAUUGCAUCUGAAUUCUCUUUAAGGGACACACAGAAAAGUGCAAGUGCUAUCUUGUAUGGUUCAACUGCUGAAUCUACGGAGAAGAAGAAGAAAAAGAGAAAGAUUUCACCAAAUUCUAUUCAUGAAGUAGUCGCUGCAGCUCCUUCCGGAAGAGAUGUUUUACCAGAGAGAUCUGCUGUUGCUGCUUCAGGAAGUAAUGAUAAAAAUUCAGGUGUAGAAGACAAUGCUGCUUCUAUUAAUGAACAAGGUAUACAAGCGUUAACGCCACCUAAACUCAAUGGAAUCUCUCAGAAGGGAUCUUUUAUAGAUGUUAAUAAUACCGCCGAUGCUGGUAAUGUGGAAAACAAAAGUGGUGAGGCUGAAGAAGGAUUGUACAACCGUCCUCCCUCUGUUUUCAAAGUUCCCAGUGAAGGUGUGAUUGAUUGCGUAGAAGGAGUCGGAGAGGAGAGAGAAUCAUUACAGAGAAAGGAUUCUGAAUUGGUGACGUCUGAAAAGACACAGUUGCCUGGUCAGGAUAAGAGAGAUAGGAAUGAUACGGAAGUCAUUGUGAAAUCUCAAUUGUUGGAUGCAAAUGGAAUGGUCACCCCUAAUAACACUAGUAAGAAGAAAAAGAAGACCAGAAAAACCAAGGGAUCCAUAGGAGAAACUUUGGUUGAAUCAGGUGCAGGACACAUUAAAGGUUCUGAGAAUGGAAUUUCGUUGGAUGAACCUCAUGAAGCUGUACAUGGUGAACAUGGUAGUGAUAAAGCUAAGGAGGAGGAAAGUAAUGUUUCUAAGAAAAAUGGGAUAGACGUAUCAGAAAAAGAAACGGAGAGUUCUCAUAUCGUUGCGAAAACCGAUAACCUUGAUCGCAGUGAGGUGGGGAACCUGGAGCAAAAUGGCAAACCUCAAGAAAAUGCAGAAAGUAUGGAGCAGAACGUCAAAAAGAAAUCUAAGAGGAAAAAGAGUACCAUGACAAAAGAAAUCCCAAAUUUGAAAGCUGAAGUGCAAAAAGUCGGUCACCAGGUUCCAACACCGACAACUGAUAUGUUGGACAAAACAAGUCCCAUUGAACAAUCAAAUGUGAAAGCUGUGGAAUCUGGUAAGGGUUAUGGCAUGGAAACUGAUUCGGUCUCUGCUCGGUCAAAAUCCAAGCGUAUUGAGCCUACUAAAGCUCCUUCUCAUGCACUAGAACACACUAGCAUAAGUUUUGGGAACCCUUCUGAAAAUGGAUGCUCUAACGAGGCUGAUAAGAACAUGGAAGUUUCUUGUGAAGGCAAUAAGGACAACUUUGACAACCAUCAGGUGCCUGGCCUAGGCCAGCAUGAAGUUGCUACCUCUAAAGAAGUGCACGCUGAGGUGACUAGAACAAACAGAGCAGAUGAUAAACCGAAAAAGAAGCGAAGAAAGCUUGAUGUACAAAGUGGUCCCUCGCCUGAUCUGCAAGGUUCGCUCAAGUCUAUGGAGAACCAAGGGAUCGAUGGAAGGUCUGAAGCUGGAAACUCUAGCUCCAUACAGCCACAAGGAUCAUCAUCCAAGGGUGACGAUGGAAAAAUGUUUUCGAAGAAAGUUCCUAAAACUGGGACCAAAGCCCCAACACCGGAUAAGUCUGAUAAGAUGAAUUCCAUUUCUAAAGCAGCCCGAAAUCACAGUGGUGCUAACAUUUCUGGUAUUGAUACUCGUAUAGGGAAAAAGAAUGAUUCUUCAGCUGUAUUGAAUUCUAAAUUGGAAAAAGCAAACAAUAAACCUCACCAACAUAAAAUGGAUAACAAGUCUCAAUCAGGUGUGAACCGAAAUCGUGUGGCCAGUCGAAAACCUUAUGGUAUCGAUUAUGGGGAAGUUGUAAACAGCCCAGAAAAGAGAAAGAUCUUAGCUACACCAAGGAAAAUUUUCAAGGAUGAUGACAGUAGUGGGAGUUCUGAAGAUGAAGGUAAAGAUGAACUUUCAAAGGCCAGCACCCAAACUCCAUCAGAUUAUUCGUCAUCUGGCUAUUCAGAUGGGGAAAGCAAUGCAGAUAUGAGCACGCCAAGAACCGGAAAGGCUGGUGGGAGAAGCGUGAUAAAAUCCUGCACUUCCGGCAUAAAGGACAUGAAUUGGGAUGAAUUGGCCAAAAGUUCAAGCACAUUCAAGAAGGCAAAACUUACAGCGUCUCAGUCACAACCGGAGGAGGACAGCGAGCCCAUUGAAUCCGUUCCCGACAGUCAGCCUGUAUCAUAGUCAUUGAACCGUCGCCAAUGUUUUCGCAUUCUCUCCGAGGCCUUGAGAUUAUUUUUGUUUUCUGUUUUUACGUUUAGUUUGUCUCCCCUCCUUUGGAACCCUUUCAGCUGCAUCGUAUCUGUGCAGCAGUUUUGUCACGAAUCAAAAGGGUCCUAGUGCGUGUAGAAUCUGUAGAUUGCUUCCUUUUUCGCCCCUUUUUUUUUCCCCGCACUGUAUAAUUAAGGCAUGUUUAUGGAUUAUUUAAGGUUGCAAUUAAAGUGGAUUUUGUAGGA